AUGCCUAGCACCGAUCCAAAACUAGGUGGUUGGGUCAUUUGGUCAAAACGUCCCACAGAUCCAUCCACCGCUCCUGGCAUCAUCAUAUCUCCUCUAGCUCAUCCUCCUCUCGACGUUAUUCAAUAUGCACUCAACAUUCCAACUCCCCCUCCAUCUCCGACACCGGUCGUUAUAGAUCUAUCAGCGCCAAACGUAUCUUCUGACCUCCCAGACGGUACAGAAUCAAUUACGACUCCUCCGCUUUCCACAGCAUUUGAUACACCUGUCCCCGGGUCACCAGACUCUACUAACACUUCACUUUCACUUGCAAAGGCUCCCGAACAACCAGAAGAGAAGCCUUUGGAGGAGGCCACGUCAUCCACCGCCGAACUAGAGCUUGAGCCAUCAUCCGCUGAUCGCAUAGAGGCGCCUAAGCUAUCUAUAUCUGAUACAGAACCUCCUACGUCCGCUGCUGCACCUUCCUUAUCUGAUGCGGAGCUUUCUGCGGCUAACCCAUCCGAUGCAGAUCCUUCUACCUCCACCCCAUCUGAUGCAGAACUUACUGCUACCCCAUCUGCAGAAGCCUCUACGUUCGCCCCCAAAUCCACGCCUGCCCCAAAGCCCGCCGUAUCAUGGGCCUCUCUCCUUCGUAAACCCGGCCCCUCCAACCUCCCCGCAUCCUCCGUCGUAGGCUUCUCCAUUCCCGCCUCUCCUCCGCCUCUCCUAAAUCCCACGUCUUCAAAAACACCCUCCCACCCUAAAAAGUCCGAGCUUCUAACCCUACUCAACUCCGGUGGAUCAUCCGCAGCUCCCAUACGCAUCAGGCCACGCGGCCUCGUCAACUCUGGCAACUUGUGCUUCGCUAACGCGGUCCUUCAGGUCCUCGUAUACUGUCCUCCAUUCUGGCGCUUUUUUACGGAUCUCGGUCGGUUACAUCAGCCUACGGAGGAGUCCAAGACCCCGUUGGUCGAUGCUACCAUUCGAUUUAUAAGGGAGUUUACGCCAAAAGAGAGGGCGCCUGUUGAGGGCAAGGGAAAGGGUGUAGAGCGCUAUGGAUCGAAUGGUCUUGUGCAUGAGGAAGUGCAUGAAGAUAUCAUGGAUUCGUUUAUGCCAACUUAUGUACAUGAUGCUUUGAAAGAAAAGAAGAGAUUCGAUCAUAUGCGCGGUGGACAUCAAGAAGAUGCAGAAGAGUUCCUUGGAUUCUACCUCGACACACUUGAAGAAGAGCUCCUGAUGCUCUCCUCGUCACUCGCUAACCCCAACCCAGCUCCAGCUCAGCAGAACAAUGCUGCAGCAAACAACACGCAAGAAGAAGGUUGGCUCGAAGUGGGCAAGCGUAACCGCACCGUCCUCACGCGCUCUACAAAGACAGCCGACUCUCCUAUGACCCGUAUAUUCGGCGGCAAAUUCCGCUCUGUUCUUCGCGUACCACACCAAAAAGAUUCUGCCGUCGUCGAAGAUUGGCGCAGUCUACGGUUAGACAUCCAACGCGACACGAUCCACACAAUUAAGGACGCCCUAACACACAUUUCCACCCCCCAAUCCGUACAGGUCACGUCCGUAACCCGCCCGGGCGCUACCCUCGACGCAACCCAACAAGUACACAUUGAGUCCCUCCCUCCGAUCCUCAUUCUCCACCUCAAGCGGUUCUUAUACGAUGCUAAUAAAGGAGGUGUUGCAAAGGUUGGAAAACAGGUUGGGUUUGCGCCUGAGCUGGAGGUUGGGAGUGAGACGAUGGCACAUGGGAGGAAGGUGAAUGGUACGAGAUAUCGGUUGUUUGGAGCACUUUACCACCACGGCCUCUCGGCCUCGGGCGGACACUACACUCUCGAUGUCCUCCACCCCAACAUCGACAUGUCAACUCCACCCACAAAGCCACGCGAGGGGUGGAUACGCAUUGAUGAUGAGUUGGUCUCGGACCUGAGAGUUGAGGAUGUGUUUGGGAGUGGGGGCGUGGAGAAGGAUGAGACGAUGAGAUGUGCAUAUUUGUUGUUUUAUAGGAGGAUUGGGGCGGGGCGGGGUUAG